AUGCUCUCUGCCGAGUUCUCCAUGAAAGACCUCGGGCCGCUACACUACUUCCUCGGCGUCGCCGUCACGCGCACCGCCGACGGCUUCUUCCUCUCGCAGCGCAAGUACGCCAAGGGGCUGCUGGAACGCGCCGACAUGCAGUCCUGCAAGCCUGUUCCGACCCCCGUGGACACGCACUCCAAGCUGUCUGCACACGAUGGUGCCCCCAUCGCUGACGCCUCGGAGUACCGCAGCAUUGUCGGGGCACUCCAGUACAUGACGAUGACACGGCCCGACAUCGCCUAUGCCGUCCAACAGUGUUGUCUUGUCAUGCAUGACCCACGUGCUACACACCUUGCGCUGGCGAAGUGUGUGCUGCGCUACCUCCGCGGCACCACCACCCACUGA